AUGAGCGUUCAGACUACGCUGGCCGGCGGGUUCAGCCGGUUCGUUCCCUCUUCCAUGCGCUACGGCCAGUUCCGCUACUACUGGCUUGCCCUGCUGACCGGCGUGACGGGGCACCAGAUGUUGUUCCAGUUCACCCUGGGCUGGCUGAUGUUCCAGUUAACCGGCGACGAGGGCUACCUCGGCUGGCUGGGUCUGGCCGUGGCCCUGCCCGCCCUGGCCCUGAACCUGGUGGGCGGGGUUUUGGCCGACCGUCUGGAGCCCAAGGUGCUGGUGGCUUCCGCCCAGAGCCUGUCUGCCACCGUGGUGGUGGGGCUGGCGAUAUUGGUGAUGAUGGACCGGGUGGAACCCUGGCACAUUCUGGUUGCGGCCUUCAUCGCCGGCGUCGGACAGGCCUUUGACCAGCCCAGCCGUGCCAGCAUUUUCCCCCGCCUGGUUGAACGGGAGCAUAUUGUCAACGCCGUAGCCAUGGAAUCGGUUGUCUGGAACGGGGUUCGUAUCCUGGCCCCAGCCCUGGCUGGCAUGGUUAUCGCCCGCCUGAGCAUAGAGGCCUCCAUGCUGAUCAGCGCGGCUUCCUUCUAUGUCCUGGCCGCAGUGAUGUCCCUGCUUCGGCUGCGAGAUCGGGCGCCCGCCACGGGUCGCGUGAUGCAGCAAAUAGGCGAAAGCUUCCGCUACGUAGGUAGCCACCCCAUCUUCCUGUUCGUAAUGCUGAUGACCUUCUGCAACAGCCUUUUUGGAAUUUCCUACAUUCUGUUGAUGCCCUCGCUGGCGGAGAAAUCCUUCAUGGUGGGAGCGGAACGGGUGGGCUGGAUGCUGGGGGCGGCCGGCGCUGGCGCCAUCAUCGGCAACUGGGUUAUCGGCAGCCUCAGGUUGAACAGUCCCCGAGGGCUCAUCAUCCUCUUUGGGGCCAUGCUCUACGGAAUCUGCCUGAUGCUGUUUGCGGUAGCAGCCUGGCAGGGACUUUACUGGGUGGGAAUGGGCAUACUGUUCGUGGGCGGCAUUAACUUCUCCCUGUACCUGGUGGGCGGCCUCAGCGCCCUGCAGGAACUGGUGCCCGACAACAUUCGGGGUCGAGUUAUGGGUCUUUACGGCGCCACCUGGAGCCUUGGUCCUUUGGGAAUGGCCCAGGCCGGUUUCGUGGCACGCUACUUGGGCGCCCCCUUUGCGGUAGCUGUCGGAGCGGUGGUGGUGUUCCUGGUGGCUUUUCUGAUAUUCGUGUUUCGGUCCGACCUGCGAAGGUUCCGUGGCAGACAGCCAGAGCCUGCGGCGGUUCCGGCAAAGGCGUAG